UCAGGCCGUGAUGUAAUUACACCUUUCAUUUCUUUCUACGUGAAGUCCCACCAAUAAUGGACGUAGGCAGUGCACUAUUAAAAUAUGCGUCGUCACGAGUCAGUGCUAGCUCGAAUUUUACGCUUUUAAACCCACAAAUUUGCACUGACAUUUUUUUGUUUAUGUUUUUGGAAAUCACUUCACUAACCUCAAAUUUAGCAUAACCUCACUUGUCAAAAUAUAUCGAUAACCUAAAAAAAAUUAACUUUGUGCUGGAUCCAUUUUUUUCUGGACUCCCCUUGAAUUUUUGUAGAUUUAUUAUUGGCAAAAGAGGUCACGAGAUAGGUUUGUCUAUCUUCUAUUCGACAGUUCAAAUUUGGGAAAAGCUAGUUACCAAAAAUGAUUACUAAUAAAUGUUCAAAAAGGACAAAGAUAACAAUAUGUUUCUCCAUGCUUAAAAUAUGGAGGAAAACUUUGGUCUAACCUGGGAGGACUCAGCAGCUGUCCACACUGAAGAGGUGAUAUGUGGCAUUGAGUCUGAGAUCCUCCAAUCAGAUGAAUACCAUGGUGGUGAAGAAGUGACUGUAGAAGAAGUUGUAGAGGAAGGAGAGGUUGUUAUGACUGAUCAUGUCACAGAAGAAGGGGAAGAACAAACGGUAGUUGAACAAAAUAUAGGCCAUGACCAUGAUGGCAUGGCUUUGUCAGCCCAUGAAUCAAUUCAGCAAGAUGAUGGGACAGUGGAAGCUGCAGAAUCCAUCAUGUACCUAACUGACAAUAUGCUAAUGAUGGAACAUCAACAAGAUGCUGUCGCUGAAGAAUACGUCACCACAGAAGAAGUAGAAGAAGAAGUUGUUGAGCAUGUGGUACAAGAAGAAGUUAUUUCUGGGGAUUGGGGGGAGGGAUGUGCUGAGGAAAUUGUGGUGGGUUCCGAGGGAGCAGUGGGCACCGUAGACGCGAACCAGGACGAAUGCGACAUCCCUCUGCCCACCGAUCAGGACGAGUACACGGCGGCAAGGCCGUAUCCGUGCGAUUUUUGCAGUCGCAGGUUCAGGAAGAAAGCGAACCUCAUGAACCACAUGGUCGCCCAUCAGACGGAUAGACCUCACGGAUGCAACCUGUGCGGCGUGAGGUACAUGAGGAAGAACGACCUCAUGAACCAUCUCAAGAUACAUGCAUAUAUACCUGAAGGCACGCUUUUAGAAGAAGAAUUAGAUACCAUAGAGCUGGACGGUGAUGAUGAUAGAAAGAAGAGGAUGAAAGCACAGGUGGUGAAAAAGAAGAAGAAGGGGUCCAAAGUUAGGGAUGAUUUGGAGAAUUAUGGAGUUGCAUCAAGUUCUCGUUCUUACAACUACGUCGCCGAAGAUAUGGAGCAGAUAGGGAACAAUGUCCAGAAAGAAUAUCCAUUUUUACCGGAAGAUCAACAAGAAGAGGCACGGUUUCCAGUAUUGGAUCCAAGGAAACCGUUCGUUUGCCAACACUGUGGUGUUGGAUUUGCUAGAGAGAAAGCCCUAUAUUCUCAUACGAGAUUGCAUGCAGAUGGUGAUAGUCCGUUCGAGUGUCAGAAAUGCGGCGAAAUGUUCUGGGAUUCUGGGCAGAUGCGGGAGCACAAGAAGCAGAAACAUGGCGAACUCGAAGAAUACGAUGAUGGUGACGAAGACGCGGAUUAUUCGGAAGAGGAUUCCAAGUAUGGUACCUUCUAUUGUACCACGUGUGGCCUGUCAUUCCACAGACAGGACAACCUGCGUCGCCAUCAACGUGUCCACGUUAAGGAAGAGUACGGGAACGAGGCAGAAUACGCGCACGUGUGCAACGUGUGCGGAGAGUCUUUCACAGAAGCUUUGGACCUGUUGGCGCACGCUGAAGUCCACGCUAGGUCUACGGAGCACCGAUGCAUGGUUUGCGGGGAAGUGUUGCCAGAUGAGACGUCGCUGGCAGUACAUGUGCAGGCGAAACAUGGCAAAAACCUCCCUCCCAACACAUGUAUGUUGUGCGGAAGAGCGUGUAAAGAUCGUCGCACUCUUCUAAAACACUCAUGGGAACAUUCGACGGAGAAGGUUUUCAAUUGUCCAAAAUGCGCGAAAACGUUCCAUAACAAGGCGCGACUGAAGAGGCAUAUGCUGUCGCAUAGGAACAAAGUGGUGAGCUGCGAGGUGUGCGGAGAGGAGUUCCCAGACGGUCGUUCCCUGAUGAACCACCGGCACAGCCAUUCGAGUGUCAGCGGCAGGCAGUUCCCGUGUCGGGAGUGCGGAAAAACGUUUGGAUCGCGCAGCUCGCAACAGAUUCACAUCCGGAUACAUACCGGAGAGCGGCCGUACGGGUGCAGGUUCUGUUGGAAGGCGUUUGCGGACGGUGGAACGCUGAGGAAGCACGAGAGGAUCCAUACUGGGGAGAAACCUUAUGCUUGUGCGGUGUGUCCUAGAGCCUUCAAUCAAAGGGUGGUACUUCGAGAACACAUCAGGUCGCAUCAUUCUGGACCCGAUCCUAAAUAUUCUAACAGUAUGACACCGUACUGCUGUGCAGUCUGUUCGGACAUGUUCGCCACCUCGCAAGACCUGAUCCUACACUUGAUCCAUCACUGCGACAUGAACACGGCGAUGAAACGUCAACCGCAACUGGGCCCCAGGAAGUACAAGCGACGGAGAAAACUCAAACCGCACGAGCUGGAGUUGAUUUCCGGCAGGGUCGAAGGGGAUGAUAACGACAACAAUUUAGAGACGAUAGAGGACCAGUACAAUCACAUGGAAGGGUCGGAGGAGGAGCCGGAACGUAUACGCCGCCGGUACAGCGGCAAGAGGCAACCGAGACAGAAAACCUCAGGGUCUUCGCCAGGAGACGGCGAAGUGGACGAUGCGCAACACCAGCAGGAUCACGAUUUCAUCAUGUUUGACGAGCACGAUGCGGCGGCGACGCAAGCUGCAGUGGAGAGUCUCACCAACCCGACUCCUAACAUUGCCAUCAAACAAACGCCUACUAAGAAUAAGCAGAAGAAGUUUAAAGGCGACCAGAAUUUACCUAGCAGACCAAAGAUGAUCCAUACACAAAAAACCAGAGUGCCAGUCGAAACGAGUGAAGAUGGUAGGAUUAGGCAUAGAACCAAAACUCUUGUCACAAGGACUCAGCCUACUGAAAUCAAAUCUAGCACAGGAGACCGAAUUCGGCCGCGAACAAAAAACGUGAGCUACCACGUACUGCAGCCGGAAAAAUUACCUCUAGCUACUUUCCCAGAUCUAGACAGCGACACUCAACAGGCUGUGGAUAGUAUCUUGAAAGAGGAAAAUCUGGGUGCGAAUGAAACGAUAUAUGACACCCAACAACACACUAACGGCAUCGUGUAUAUGGAUACGUUGGACCAACCGCCGGGGGUAGCUGCAGAACAGACUGUAGAAACUGAAGUUAUAAGUGACAUUAUAGAAUCCAGAAGAAUUCGCACUAGAAGUUCAAGUAGCAAUAACGGAAAUAAUGCCAGUUUGAAGUCUGGAAGACAUGUGAUUGGACCAGGCAGUAAGGUGCGGCUAAUAAAGGAAGGCAUGAUAGUUUCCAAGGCAAGAACGCCUCGCAAAAGUGAAGAAACCGAACCUGAAAGCAUAUUACCAUAUGUACCACAUACGAAUAACGCAGUUGUUGUCAAAGGCAACGAGUCUCCAAUCCCGGAUAUUGAAAAUGAAGAGGAAUCGCCUUCGGUGCUUAUCAAGCAGGAGAUUAUCAUCCAACCUGAGAUGGUGAACGUGAAGCAGGAGAUGUUCGAUCCGUCUCCGUCUCCGUUGCACGAGCUGGCCGAGAUCUCGAUGCAGCACGCGAGCGCGAACGCGUGCUCGACCAAUGCAAGCGCCGCGCCUGCCGAAAACAGCACCGCCUCCACGGACACGGCCGACUCGGCAGGCCUGUUCAGGUGCGAAAUGUGCAGCGAGGUGUUCAACGAUAGGGCGCAGCUGCUGGUGCACGUGCCGGUGCACAUUUGAUGUUAGCACAGGGGUAGGAACAGGUGGAUUAAAAAGAGGGGCAGAAGGAGGAAAGGAAAAAGGGGCGGGCAUUUGGUGACGCUGGGCGGGGUGUUAGAAAGGGCUGUAGAACGGGCUAUGAGCACGCGCUGGGAGAGGAAAUGAGUGCAGAGCAAGCUAUAUCUUGAGGAACAUAAAUGCAGCUCGCAAGAGGUGAAUAUUGAAAGCGCAAAUGGAUUGAUCUGAUGCCUAGCGAUCUAUGUCAAACUUGGGUUGUCUCGCCGCAACAAUAUUUAGGUACACUUCAAAGCAGGUAGUCUAUUUCAACUGUAACUUAUCAUAAAGAUUGUCAAUAAACAAAAUGUAGACAGUCGAUUUCUUUUCGCAACUAAAAUAGUGAUCAUCUUUAUUUACCGGUUUCCUCUCUCAUGUGCUUGCUGUUGAAUAUUUGCUUGGCCCAAGCGUUUCAGGGAAUUUUUGAUUUACAAAAAUAUCCUAUAAUGAACGAUUUACACUUCUGUACAAUGGCUUCUAAAACUUCUCACCAUAGACGUAGUAGAAGAAAAUUUUUUGAAAUACCCAUUUGCCGCAUAAUUUUAUAUCUUUCGACUCGCUGAAAUUCAAAGAUGGAUUAGAAUAGUAACUUCAGGAUAACAUUCGUGAAUGCCAUUUGAUUGUAUAGCAGGAAGAAUAUUGUUGAAUAUUCCGUAGUUAUUGAAUUUAGAUUUAAAGCAUGUCUAUAUUUCUAUGUUUAAUUUAUAUGCUAUAAUUUUCAGAGUUGUCAACAUUUUUGUUAUCGUUAGUUUUAUUAUUCCAUUUUCUGUGAGCUGUUGGCUUUGUCGCCAAAUGCCAUGGAAAAUGAACAUGUUCACCGAAACUUUAUGUUAAAGUAAUUUCUACCAUUGUCAUACGUGAAGGCACCCUUUUUGAAUUUUGUCACGUAUAAAGGUGAAAAGGUCUGUUGUCUGAUCCUGGUAGGAUAAAAUUCACAUCUCAUAAUAUAAAAAAACAUAAAAUACCAUAAAGUUCAAAACUUUUACACAGUGGUUCCUUGAGGCUUUUUUUAUUGGAAUUAUGAUCUAUUUGUUUACACGACACUCGAGUUUUUCCAAUCUGAGGUCAUUGGUACAAGUUUUUCAGCAAAAAAAGCUUGCUCAUUUUUUAUUUCAACUGUAACUUGUAAAAAUUGUCAAUACAAUUACAAAAUGUAGAUAGUCGCUUUCUUUCAGCAACUAAAAUAGGGAUCAUCUUUUUCAGCAAAAAAACAUACCUUAUUCAAAAUUCUACAGCUUUUGUGCGUUUAGUCGCCAGAAGUUGUACAUACAGUAGCGGACAAAAGUUUGGAAACAUUCUUAAUAAUUUUUAAAAAGUGCGCUAAUUUUUUAUUCUUUAUUAUUAAGGACUUUUUUCUCAUAUAGUUUGCUUACAGUCUUGAUGAUACAAAUGACAAUUUGUGUUUCCUGUAGUGCUACAGACUAGCAUUAAAAUACCUUCCUAUUAUUCCAUGAGACGACAAAAGUAUGGAAACAUAUUUACAACAUAAGUUGUGAAAAAUACUGUUUAGCUAAUAUUUGGUAGCCUAUAUAUCGCCGUAAGCAUUCACCACCGCCUGACAUCUGCUGCUCAUAGAAGACACCAAUUUUUUACAGACGUCUGUUGGGAUAUUUUGGCAAAUAUUUUUUACAUAAUCAAAUAAAGCGUUCCUAUUUUUAAAAGUUUUUCUUGUCAGUUGUCUUAUAACAUGCUCCCAGAGAUGUUAUAUAGGGUUUAGGUCCGGGGAUUGCGAAGACAAUACAAGAACAUUAACAUUUUUUAAUCUUAACCAGUUCUUUACGAAUUCUGAGGUAAGCUCGGUGUCAUUAUCUUGCUGGAAUCUCCAUUGUAAAGUUUUAGAUCCAAUUUUUACAAUUGGACCCGUUGGCAACUGAUACUUUUUGUCGAAUCUUUUUCGUAUUGGACGUCUCACAUAUGCCGUACCGUCAGAUUCAAACAAGUUAAAUUGGCUUUCAUCGCUCCAUAAAAUCGUAUUCCAUUGUUGUUCUGUCCAAGUUAGAUGAGUUUUAACAAAUUCACGCCGAGAUUUCUCUUAAAAUGAGAGGCUUUUGCACUACCAAAAAGCUCAAAAAUCCACCAAGCGUCUCUGCACUGUUCUGUUCUCGGCACCCUCUUCUACGAUUCUUUUGAAAAUCUGUGUAGCUGGCAUUAGAGGAUCUUCAUGGGACAAACGUUUAAUGUAGAGAUUUUUUUCCGCACCUGAGCCGCGUUGCUAUUGAUCCGUACUCUUGAUAUUUACUAAUAAUUUUCGAAAUCGUCCUUUGUUCAUUUUUAAUCUUUGAGAAAUGUCAACAUUUCUGACACCCCUUCUAAAUAAUUCAAUUACUUUGUCUCUUAAAUCAUUUGAAAAUUCUUUUACUUGUGCCAUUCUCACUGAUGUUAAUAUUCACCGCACGCAAUAUCAGAGUAUCACAGAACGACUAAAUAUGGCAAAACUGAAAUGUUUCCAUACUUUUAUCGUUACUAAAACUGUGGUAUUUAAAAAACCGCGUGUUUUUAUUUUCAGAGAAUUUGAAUAUUGAUAAGGUAAACCUUGUAUUAGUAUGGGAGACAAAGGUGGACUUUAAUAUUUAUCUGUUCCUGCACAAUUUUAAUUUAGGUAUAUGAAAUAGUUCAUAAUAAUGUUAAAAUUUGUCCGCUACUGUAUAUUUCAACAUUAGUUUUUUAUUGGCUUAUGAUAUUUUCAGUGAAUAUCUUGAUUUACCUAAACAAAGUGUGAAUGUGAAAAAAACCGUUUCUGGUCUUUGGUAAAUUAAAUUCAAAGAUCCAAACUUCGGACGCAUUUUUCACAGAUUCAGGUUAAUUGCAGAUAUAUCCCCUCUGUGCUAUUGGAUUUUUGUGUUACUUUUUGCUUUGCUUUAUGCCCUACUAUUUUCUGAAUCACCCUCUAUACUUUUUUAAGCUGCCCUGUCUUGAAUUUCGUGUUUUUGAUGUUGUCAGUAUUAAUGAUAAAGCAGUUUGUACAUUAUGCAAUAACUGUGAAACAUUCUAGAAAAAUGAAACAGGCAUUAUUUCUUAACUAAACACUUUGUAAAAUAGAAAUCUUUUUCAGGGAUAUUCUAUAACCACCCCAGGCUCCUGUCUAUUGAACUUUAUACAUGGGAAAAUCAAAUUGAGGUCAAUAUAAAGCAGUUUUGUUUCGAUAUCGUUUGUGAAAUUAUGAGAUUGAUAUAUAGUUAUUCCUUUUUGCUUGAUCUUAGAAAUCUCAUUUAUUUAUUUUGCUUUAUCUAGCCAAUCUGGAGUUGCGCAACCAAAUCAGCCUGUGGUAUGUUAUCUUUUAAUAACGAUCUUGAAACAAUUACUGUUUUAUAUUAGUGAGCAAUUUAUAUAUACAUAUUAAUAACUGUACCUGUAAAUAGCUAUUUAAGAAACGUAGUUCGCGUAUAGCCAGUUAUGCUGUAUCUUGAUGGUAAUAAAAAUUUGGUUAGGACAAA